UGAAACCGCCACACGCCUUCGGUUACGUAUUCGCCCCAUGAGUUGGGACCUGAGCCACCUCGGCGCCAAGUACCCGUGGCUGCAAGUGAACGCAUCAACGCUCGAGGAAUUCCGAGCCCCAUUUGACUGGUCCAAGAGAUCAGCGAGUCGCGACGAAGUAGACAAUAACACCGCCCAGAAACCUCCUGGUCGUCGUCGGCAUAAACCUCCUCAUCGUGGAAGCUCGCCGUCACAUGCUACGGCCCGACAGGUGCUUGUCAUCAACACACGAGAUCACUUGACCGAUGCCGUGGGGCUGCUCCAACGAUACAACAGCCCACCACCGAAACCGACCAAAGCCAGCGUUCUUCUUUCACAAACCAGUAACCUCGCCAUACCGUUGUUGGCACACGACAUGAAGGAUCAUGAUGAAACUCCUCGGCUUAUGUCCCCAGCAAACAGCCAAUCCUCAACUCACGCUACGAAACAAAGCAAGUUUGACGUACUACCUUCUACAUGUACCACCACCACCACAUCCAAGCACCAACUUGCAAAAGCUUUGAUGUACCCAGCACCGAAAUUGAAACCACCCAUGCACAAGCAAAAGCAGCAAAACUCCCACCACAUUCGUGAUGUAGCACCGAUGCAGCCGUAUGCUACCGUGCCAGCGUCCUCCAUGCCUAGUCCUGCCAUCACUUCGAAACAUUCCUCUGGACACUCCAAGUCGGCGGCGUUAUUAGCCAAGCAGUCCCAAGACCUUGAACGCGCCCUCACACAAGCUAAAGCGGACGAACUUGCUCUUUUUAAAUCCCUGGGCGAUACCAUCGACGCGCAACGCGCUACGAUCCCGCUUCAAUUCCUCUUUGAACGAAACAUGUCGGCGUAUUGCAUUCAAAAGGGCGUGGAAACGAUUUUGCAUGUGUUUUCCACGCUCCAGGCCAAAUACGUUUGUCAAGGCUUUACGAAAUGGCACCAAGUGACCACGGCGCAUCGCAAACAACAGAUCCAUGCAGCCACCCGACAACGAGUACAAGCUAAAGCCAUUGCGUUGUUGAAUCGUGUGGCCGGGGACUGCUUGAUGGGCAACACCAAACGCGCCUUGUAUCGGUGGCAUCGCACGGUGAAACGCAUGGUCGCGGACGAGCGCGAUGCCGCCGCCACGGCCAUCCAAAAGCACACCAAGCGGCGACGAGACUCACGGAUUGUGCAGCGCAUGCGAGAGGAACGAGUAGCAAUGGAUGCACAAAAUGUGACUCGCAUCCUGCAGUUGCUGGCGCUGGAAGCGAACGGUCGGAAGAAUCUGUGGACGAUUCGGGAACAUGCAGGGAAGAUCCGCGAGCGCCGAGCGUAUGAAGCGAGAACACGCGAAGAGGCCGCCGUGCGCAUCCAGAGCGCCUACCGCGGCCAUCGAGGUCGAGUCAUGGUGCAACGACUGCGGCGGAUUGUGGCGGAUGCUGUAGCCGCCGCCGAAGCCAUCAAGCACGCGGCUCUGUUGCGCCUUCGAAAUAACUCGACGCUCAUCCAAAGCAUCAUUCGCAUGUUCCUUGUUCGUUUGCGCUUGUAUAACAAACGCAUGCAAGACGCCAUUCGUGCCGACAAUGCACUCACCAUCCAGGUUGACAUCCUGUAAUCAUAUAAUUCUUCGCCUCUGC